AUGUGGGCCUCCUUGCGGUCCAAGGCCGUGGCAUGCAAUCUACGUCGCUGCCUGACCACCAGUAACCCCACGCCCAAACGAUCCCCUAGCAGGGAGACACCACAGGCCACUGGUGGUAAGCAAAGAGCUCACCAGACUGGCUUCUCGCCUCAAGCCGCUCUCUUUUUCGGAGUCCCCAUCGCCGUGACCUUCUCCCUGGGCGUGUGGCAGGUUCGCCGUCUGAAUCGCAAAAUCCGCCUCAUCAAGGAACGCGAAAACCAUCUCUCGGCGCCCCCGCUGGCUGCGGCCGACCUCUUCACGGCGUCAUCUGACUUGGAUCAUCGCCGCGUGCAAGUGUCGGGUAGGUUUCUGCACGACGCCGAGAUCACCGUCGGGCCGCGGAGCGCCCCGAAGGAUCUCCCAUCCCCCGUGCUGCAAUGGGGCGGAUCGUCGGGGUUACAAAUCAUAACGCCGAUGGAAAUGGAGGACGGUAAGGUAAUCCUUGUUAACCGCGGUUGGGUACCCCAACGCCUGGCGCAGGCGCCAAAAAGGCGGCACGCCGUGGUGUCGCCACAUCCAUUUCUCACUAGAGUAGACUCCUCGACCCCCACGUGUGACUACGAGGACGGCGCCACGGGUAAGAGCUCGCUCAAAACAUUCACGGCGGUGGUGCGCGGCUGCGACGAGAAGAACCGAUUUACGCCUGACAACCAACCCGCCAAAGGCGAGUGGUACUACAUUGACCCCGACGCGAUUCUGCACGCGCACGAGCUCUGCGACGGCGAUACCCGCGCCGUCGUGGUCGAGCUGUUGGAACCGUUGCCCCGCGGCGGAUGGCCGCACCCGAGAAGCUACAACGACCUUCUCGAGUUUCGCACACCGCCAUCGACACACGUGACGUACGCGACGACGUGGUUUUGUCUCAGCGCGGCGCUGGCGCUGCUGACGCGAAACCGGUUUCGACAACGCGGGCGCGGGCGCACGUGA